ACUUCUCUCUCUUCUUCUUCUUCUUCUUCUUCUUCUUCUUCAUUAUGUGUCGAUUGAGAAACAAUUCUAAAUUGAGAGGAAAACCAUACAUGAUAUAAUCUCAUCUAUGGUCUCUUCUCUCCUCCUUUUCCUUCAUUCAAUCUAAAACCCCUCCUUUCUUUUCCCAAGAUCACAUCUUUUAUCUCCUUCUGCCUCUCCAAAUCAGAGCACAAGAAGAGCACAUUCAAGUGUUUCAGCUUUCCUUUCAAUAACUAUCAACAAAAUUUCUCAUCAAAGAUCCCACCUUUCUUCUUCUCCUUGAUCUUCUUCCCCAAAUUGAAUCACAAGAGCAUCAAAAUCAAGCAUUGCAGCUUUCUUCUCCACCAAAGAGAUCAUCUUUCUAACUUCUAAGUCGUCUCCAAUGGUGGAAUCCAAUUCCAACCCUCCCCUCCCUCCCAAGCCUGACAAUAAUGAAGCCAAGCCUCCAGCAACCGAGAAGAGAACCAGAAGAAGAGCCAGGGAAGUCAGUUCUCGCUAUAUGAUCCUCCCUCCUGGCUCUCCUUCCUCUUCAAUCUCCGGCGAUGUGCAUCUUGCCCCUUCACCACUACCCCUUCUCCCCAAAGCUCACACGCAUCACCGGAAACAGCGCAAGGCUGUUCCUUCUUCCCCUGAUGCCACUGACUCUGAGUCUGACUCAUCUUCUUGCUUUGCUGAUGAGAACCAGCCCUCUAUUCGAUUUUCAGAGACUCCUCUUCCUUCUUUCAUUCCUCACAGGCUCCUUACUGUAAAGAGAAAGCCUGCUGUUCGGCUUUUCGGUGAUAAUGCAGGUGAACAGCAACCACAUCAGCAAAACAAUUCAACAAAACAGAGGCCUGGCACACCAAUGGUUCUUGGUUUCAGCGUUGGCAACACUCCAAGAUUGAAUCUUUCUUCUCAUAAUGAUGCAAGAUUGAUGAAUGGGAGGAGAGGUGCAGUGCCACCAAGAGUGAGUACUUGUCCUUUAGAUGUUGACAAUAAUGGUGCCAAUGGUACUGAAAUUAGUUCAUUAGAGAAUUCAGUUUCAUCGGAACAAGAUGCUUGUAGUAUUAGCAACAUGGGAGGUCUCUGUGAGAGCCCUCCAAUACCGUCCAGUAAAGCCCGGUCCACCUCUGAGCUUAGGUCCUCAAUGCCAGAGGCUGAUUUGUUGCCAACAAUGUCUGUGAGACGGAAGGAUGGCAACGAGGACUACUCCAUUUGCCAUCGAUCACUGAAUUCAGCAUUGUCUAGUUGCCAGCAAGCUCCCUUCAGUGUCUCCAGGUCUGUGAGCAAGAACCUGGUUUCACAGAGACUUAGUUCAGUAAUACCGAAGAAUGCUGGCCCUUGUCUGCCUCCACAGCCACCGAAUGUGAAACCGGUUGAUGUGAAGAAGGUAAAGAAGGCAGCGUGUCGGCCUGAGGACAUUCAUUGGCUUCGUUUACUUGAUAACAGGUAUCUGCAGUGGAGAUUUGCUAAUGCUAAAGCUCAGGCUACAAUGCAUGCAAGGAUGCUCACAGCAGAGAAAUCACUUUCUGAUGUUCUGAGCGAUAUGUCGGAGCUUCAGAAUUCUGUGAUGACGAAGAAGAUUGAACUCGAGCAUUUAAAAAGAACGAAAAAUUUGUUUGCCAUCCUAGAUACUCAAUUACUGAUUUUGGAUGAUUGGGCAAUUCUUGAGGAAGACUAUUCAUUGUCGCUUUCUGGAGCAAUUGAAGCUCUGCAGAAUGCAUCACUUCAACUCCCAUUAACUGGGAAUUUGAGGGCAGAUAUCGGGGAGAUUGAAGAAGUCCUUGGGUCUGCUACGACUAUGCUGCAGGCAAUUUCUCCUUCUGUGAACAGAUUUCUACCUGAGGCUCAAGAGAUUGAGAUCAUUGUUUCAGAAUUGGCAAGAGUUGUCACUAGAGAGAUUUCUUUAGCACAAGAAUGCGGGGAUCUCUUAUCUGAAGUACACACAUUGCAGGUUAAAGAAUGCAGUUUAAGAAGCCAAUUAAUGCAGGGAAAGAGAAGGUGUGGAGUGUCGUCAUGAAGCAUGUUUCCACAUGUUUCCAGUAAGAAGAAAGAUCACAGCAAUUAACUUCCAUUCUCUUGAAGUCUGAAUAAGAAGAAUAGCCAUUUUAUUCAGAAUUAUUCUUUCCAAUUAUUUGUAAUUUCAUUCAUUUUGUUUCCAAUUAGCACACAUAAAAUUUUAAUUUUGAAGAUCAGAAUAGAAUGGUCAAUUGACAAAUUUAUCACGACUACAGAAGAUAUGUAUCUGAGGUUUUCCUCAA